AUGCCAAUCUCAUACUCAAUGACAAUCCUUGUACUGGACAAUCUUGUAUUUGCACUGGAGCGCCACUAUACCAAUGACAAUGAAAUGGUUCGACUAUACAGUGACAUGCACACAGGUAAAUGGUGGUGGAAUACUCAGAAAAAGCUUGACAAGCAGCAGCCAGGUGCAACCAUCAUACCUGUCAUCAUCUCGACUGACAAAACUCAAGUGACUAUGUUCCGCAAUAAAACUGCAUACCCUGUAUAUCUCACCAUUGGCAAUAUUCCAAAGGAUAUUCAUCACAAACCGUCUCGGCAUGCUCAUGUUCUCCUCGCCUAUCUUCCCACCACUCGUCUCAAACAUAUUACCAAUAAAGCAUUAUGUCAUCAAAGUGUGGUGAAUCUAUAUCAUGCAUGCAUGGCACGUGUAUUAUUGCCACUAGAAAAAGCUGGUCUUGAUGGCUUGGCAAUGUGUAGCGGUGAUGGUAUUUUGCACCACUGUCAUCCACUAUUUGCUUGUUUCAUUGAUGAUUACCCCGAGCAAGCACUUGCUACUGCAGUCAAAACUAUGGAAUGCCCUAAAUGUGAUAUCCCACCCAACAAACUGGAGAGUAGCACAGCACCCUUUGAAAUAUGUGACCUUCAUGCUGUUCUUGAUGCACUCGCUACCAUUGAUGUUGGAGACCUCGAAUUCGUCCAGGCAUCUAAUAUAUUCCAAGCUGUCAUGCCCAACAUUCUCCAUCAGUUGUAUCAAGCACAGGCAUGCGGACCGAACAAGAUUGAUGCGAGAUGCCGAAGAUUACCCCCCAACCACCAUAUCCGCCUGUUCAUGAAGGGCAUCACAGGCCUCUCUUGUAUUAGUGGUACCGAGCAUGCUCAAAUCUGUUGCUUUCUCCUUGUCCGUGGUCUCCUGGACUUCCUUUAUUUAGUGCAGUAUCCGUGCCAUAGCUCAGAGACACUAUCGCUCCUUGACGAAGCUCUCGUCCUAUUCCACGACAACAAAGAAAUAUUCAUCGACCUUGGUAUCCGGAACCAUUUCAAUCUCCCUAAACUUCAUGCCACUUCUAAAGAUGCCUACCGUGCAACAAAUUGCAAGGACGAGUUUAUGCAAAUGACUCGGUGGCUCGAACGCAAAGAGAAGAUCAUGUGCCAUGCAAAAUUUAUUCAUUGGCGACUUCACAACAAUGUUCCACACCAUCCAAGUCCUCGACCAGCAAGUCUAUCAUUUGACCAAACACAAACUUUGGCCAAGCAUCCAAGUGCCAAAGCUGUAUCUUUUCGUACUUUAAUCUCAGAUUAUGGUGCCACAUACUUUCGCGAGGCUCUCGCUUGCCACAUUGUACAACAAAAUCACUUAGACAAAUCACUUUCUCACAGUUGUCUCAAAGCCCUUACUGCAAAUGUACACCUACCAUUCCAUUUGGUUGCUGUGUACCACAAGAUCAAAUGGCUAUCUGUUGAUACUCGCGGCCACGGUGACCCACUCGCUACAGUGGAUAGUCACUCACCAAAAAAUGAUGCUCUACCUGCGCGUUUUGACAUGGCGCUUAUAAAUAAUGGUACUGGACAGUCUGUGGGUGUCGAAGGUUACCGGGUUGGUCAAAUUCAGGCAAUUUUCUCCAUUCGAGAGAGAGAUGCGCAGUUCCUAUUUCCUCCAAUGUAUCAACCUCCAAAACACCUCGCUUACAUCGAGUGGUUCAAGCUGUUUCCUUUGACACCAGAUUCAAGACAUGGCAUGUACAAAAUCACUCGUUCAGUCUGUUCAGUCCACAGUAUACACCUUAUUCCAAAGUUUGGACCAGUCGUGCCUCAUCACUGGACGAGCAACAACAUUCUUGAGGAAUGUGAUGCAUUUUUUGUUAAUUGUUACAUAGACAGGCAUAGUUUUGUGACUCUUAGGUAG